UUAACAAUUCAGAAAUUCACACUGGUCUACAGAAACGUUCUUGUCAAAAUUGUAAGUGCGUUGUAUUAACAUUGUGAACAGAAGGUAGCAUUGGAUAAGUCUUAAAAUGCGUAUCGAUCUGAAGGAACUAUUGUUGGUGUCCAUGUCCACAACGCCAAAUAGUGUCAUUCAUCUGCACAAGCGAUUCAGGUGCGGGAAAAUAAGUUACUUUGUUCACUGUGAGCUGCAAAGGGGACAGCUGCUCAUCCGACAGGUGAAGCGGAUCCGACGCACUUCAUCCUUGAGCAGUCGGCUGCAGAAGCGUCGCCGUCGCUUGCAGCGUAUGUUAAAUAAAGGAAGUGAGUUUGGGUCCAAACCCCCACCAGUUAUUUUCGAGGAUGGCUUUACUCAGACCACAGCCAGUCAAACGCCCCAACGGGAGUGGAUCAGCAGCAAGGUGGAUACCUCAGAUUUGGUGCAAACCAUUUCCCAGGAUCAGCAGGCACUCAAUCCCAGCCACCACACGUUAAGCAUAGCAGUGGGAACAAAAGUGGUGCUGGACAGUACUGCCAGCCAAACGGACCACCAAAAGUGCAGUAAUAUCCAAGUGGAUACCUUCGAUUUGCUGUUCUUCAUUUCCAGGGAUCAGCAAACCCUUAAUCCCGGCCACCAGUCCCUAAGCAGCCAAACGGAGAAUCGGCCUCUGCAGACGCGUACCACCCAGGUGGAGGUAGCAGCCAAGACCAGCACCACCCAGACCCAGCUCGCCAGCUGCUGCCUGGCCACACAAACGGAGCUCCCCUGUACCAAUUCCGCUGUCCAGACCGAGAUCAACUGCCAGCACACGAACACCCAGACCUUCCACGACGACGAGGAGGAAGUGAUGAAGUCCCAUCUGCAGCCUCUCUUGCUCAUCUACGAAUUGAUCAAGAACCAGAGCGACCUCAUCCAGAACGAAGUUCUGGCGGCCAUCAACCAACUGUUCGAUCUCACCCUGCUCGGAGUGAACAAGAGGCGACUGGAGGAGGACCUGCCCAGAGAGGCGUCACUGGAACCACUGACACAUGUCCCCCUCAACCAGAUGGGGGAUAACUAUCCAAAGGAGAAGCUCAUAUCGGAGGCGGAACUUCAAAAACUUUUAUUAAAGUCGGUCCUUAAAUUAAGGACAAAAAGAAUCAGCAAGAGAAAAAGGCUGACCACUGGUCCCUCAUGGAACUGUACGAUGAAGUGCAAGAAGUGCUACCUGCAUGGGCACCGCAGCAGGUUACAAAGGGUGUCCAGCGGGAACCAAGAAACUCAAACCGAAGAGGCGCAGACGAAGGACGCGGUGGUUGGGGCAGAAAUGGGCACGCAGACGGAAAAGGAGCGGGGACGCUGGACCCUAAAACGCAGCUAAAGGACCCUCAGUCACCCGGUGUCCUUCGAACUUACCCCAGCAUCCAGGUCGCCGUUCUCAUCCAGGUUGAACUCAUAUUAACGAACUUGGGGUUUUUUUUAUCGUUGGCACUUUUAGCAUGUGAUUUGUAGUAAAUGCAAUCGAAUCAGA